AUUAUUUUGAUGCAUGUUUAUUUUCGAGCAAAGUGCAGUCUUCACUUGAAUUAGCAGAAGCUAGAUCAAAUUUUAUUAAAACAUUUUCUUCCAUAAAAAUUAUUGCUUCUAAUCAAGUGAACCGGACUGUAAUUGUGAAAUAUGUAUCCUAGAAGCUAGUGAAAAAAUCUUUUUCCGCAAUUUUAGUACAAAGUCAAUAUCAGAAAAUUACGUUUUACCAUGAAGGUCAAAUCUACCAAUAAAAACAAUUCCAAAAGUGCAAAGGCACCAUUUCACAAAAGAAGUGAAAAAUAUGAGGCAGAUUUCGUCGAUGCAUUAAACUAUUCCACCAACAAUGAAAGUGGUAAAAAAACAUCGCACGUCAUCUCGAAACAGUAUCUCCAACGACGUCGUUUGACCGCAGGGAGAAGCAUUUCCGAAUUUCACUUUAACAAAAAACGCGUUCGUGUACUCAGUUCAGAAAAUAAAGUAAGUGAAUCGCGUUGCGGGGGUAUACUCUAUUGGAUGUCGCGGGACGCACGCGUGCAAGAUAAUUGGGCGCUACUGUUCGCUCAGCGUUUGGCGCUUAAAUUUGAACUACCACUUCUGAUUGUAUUUUGCCUUGAACCAAGUUCACCGCACAUUACACUCCGUUAUUACAAAUUCUUACUGGGCGGUUUGGAAGAAGUAGAACGCGAAUGUCGCCAAAUAUGCAUUCCCUUCCAUUUGUGUUUGGGACCAGUUGACGAGUGUUUGCCAAAAAUGGUGCGCUUGCGCAAUAUCAGUGCGAUUGUGUGUGAUUUUGACCCAUUACGGGAGGCACAGUUGCGGGUAGAAAAGGUAAAAUUGGCACUGCCAGCUGAUGUUCCUUUUACCCAAGUAGAUGCGCACAACGUGGUACCAUUAUGGGUAACAUCCGACAAGCAAGAAUUUGUACCGUAUUUUAUGCGGCGUAGAAUUUACCCGAGAUUAGAGGAGUACCUCACUGAAUUUCCUCCAGUAAUACAACAUCUGUACAACAAGAAUGAAAUGGAUAGCAGCGAAACUCCUGUAGAUUGGGAGUUGGUUCUUGCAUCUUUACAGUCCGACCAUUCGGUGGAUGCAGUUGAAUGGGCCCUGCCGGGUUAUACAGCGGGAUGUGCACAACUACAAAGCUUUUGUGCGACUCGUUUACCCAUAUAUAGUGAGAAACGUAAUAACCCAACUGUAAAUGCACUGUCCGGACUAUCGCCUUGGCUUCACUUUGGCCAAAUUUCAACACAGCGUUGCGUACUCGAAGUAAUGCGCCACACUGCUAAUUAUAAAGCAUCUGUAGAGGCGUUUUACGAGGAAGCUAUCAUUCGUCGUGAAUUGGCGGACAAUUUCUGCUAUUACAAUAAAAAUUACGACAAUCUAAAAGGUUUGUAUGCUUGGGCAUAUAAAACACUUGAUGACCACCGCGCGGACGAACGCAAUCCUUCCUAUACUCUAUCCGAACUCGAAGAGGCGCGCACUCACGAUGAUCUCUGGAAUGCAGCACAAAUACAGCUGAUGCGUGAAGGCAAAAUGCAUAGCUUUCUGCGUGUGUAUUGGGCAAAAAAGAUAUUGGAAUGGAGUUCUACACCAGAACUAGCUUUAGAAUUUGCUAUCUACUUAAACGACAAAUACAGUUUGGAUGGGCGGGAUCCAAGCGGCUAUGUAGGUUGCAUGGGAGCAAUUGGUGGUUUACAUGACCACGCCUACCGCUCGAGACCAAUAUUUGGUAAAGUAGGUUAUAUGAACUAUAAAGGUUGCCAACGUAAAUUCGAUGUGGCUGCAUUUGUGGCGCGUUAUGGUGGCAAAGUUUAUGACUAAAUGUUAUUGAUUUAUUAGCUUUUCAUUUUUUGUAAAUGAUCGUUGAAUUGAUGUUAAUCUUUGUUAGUGUUUAAUAUUUGUCCCCCUUUUUUGUCUUUAAAGUAGCAGAGCCAUACCAUAACAACUACAUAUUCAUAAGAAAAAUUAAACAAAUAACUUUGUGCUUACAUUAAUUUUUGAUUGAUGCUUUAUGGAGUAAAAUAUAAAACCCAUACAAACAUAA